CUGUGCUCUCGUUUGUCGCAACUCGGUCGAGUUGGAGCCACUUCAGUUCCGGCCAAUGGCCUUCCCACAAUCGGGUGCUGGCAGAGGGUGGAGACUCGGCGAGUAUUCGAGGAUCGAAUAAGAAACGCAGCUCAAGAUGCUCCAGAAGCGGACAAUACUUCAUCAGCUGAUCUUCCACUGCCGUAAUAAUUGGAUUCUCAAAAUAGUCGUCUGAAUCCCAAUGGAAAUGAGUGAGACCCCCAAUGCCAGAUAUGACCUAGCUGCGGAUGAGUCAAAGAAAUUUGUGAAGAAUGGGCUGGCCGCCCGCAGAGAAGGAAAGAAGCCGUCGAAGAGUCCAAAGUCCAGUGCAUCAAGAAUGAGUUCUAUUGUACGAAGAGAUCGAAGGGAUUUGGAUAUAGCCGCCAACGUCUCGACAAGCUCUUCUAACUUGGGUUCUCGUCGACUCGUCGGCCUAAUAGUGCGGAAGCCGGUAACUGGUGAUUCGUCCCCAUAGCUUUCAACCCUAAGACGUUGAACCAGCAGUGUUUUCCUUUGGCUAUUUAGGAGCGCAUAUAAGUAGGGAAGAUCUUCAAACAGAACGUUGACUGAUCGCCAGUUCAGAUGAUCAUGGAGAACCAGGUCACAAAGUCGUCUGCACGUGCAAGCCAGAGAUACCAAGUCCGCAGGAGCGUAUAUGCGCUCU